CUUAAGCCUUCCCAAAGCCUUGGUCCUGAUGGCGUACCUGCCACUAGCCUCAAGAACUAUGCUGAUAUUUUGUGUUACCCUCUUACUAAUAUUUUUAAUGCUUCCUUUUCCAGUAACGGUCUACCUUUUGCAUAGAAAAACAUUAAAAUUAUCCCCAUACCGAAACCAUCUGGUAUUGAUAUUAAAUUUAGGCCUAUUGCAAUCACUUCCCCUUUUUUAAAAUUGAUGGAAAAAUUACUUAUACUUCGUCUUGAACCUUCAUUGAAACCUUUUAAUGAUCCCAAACAAUUUGCAUAUAAACAUGGCAGAAGUACCUUGGAUGCUGCGGUAGUGUUAUAUCAUAAUGUUGUUUCUUGUUUUGACAAAGGUGCCAAAUAUGUUGUUGGUGCUUUCCUAGACUACACAUCUGCUUUUGACUCUAUACCUAGGGGCCUUUUAUUAAAUAAGCUUUCGUUGACGCAAACAGGAUCCUGGGCUAAGAGUUGGUUGCAUUCUUAUUUUUCUGAUAGAAUGCAGCAUACUGUAUAUAAUGGCAAAUCUUUUUCCACCUCGCUUACAAAAGCCGGUGUUCCUCAAGGUGCCGUCCUCUAUCCUUUUCUUUUCUCUUUCUUCCUACACGACCUGCCUCAUUCAAACGAAACUAACUUUGUCAAAUAUGCGGAUGAUCUGACUGUAUCACUGCCUAUCACUUCCGAGUCUGACAGCUCCAAGCUUAAUAGCUUUCUGUUGGACAUCAGCAUGUGGUCUAAGUCAAAUGGCCUUAUGUUAAAUCCUUCCAAAUGUCAGGCAGUUAACUUUACUUUCAAGCAUCAACGUGACAUACAUGAACUAGUUAGUUCCCAUGAUGCCUGUAGCAUAGAUGGCACUGAAAUUGAAACCAAGUCAAGCAUUAAAUACCUUGGAUUAUUUCUUUCCUCUGACCUUUCAUGGUCAUCUCGCAUCUUAUCAAUCUCUGAAAAAAUGUUUCGUCUUACCUUCUACAUUAAAAAGUUAAGACAAUCAGGUACCAACCAAACUUUAGUUCUCCGAUUUGUGAACUCCUGUAUUUUACCCACUGUACUCUAUUGCUCUCCAUUAAUCUUUCCUGGGCUUCUCAAAAAAGACUAUAUCAUAUUACGAAGGGUGUUAAAUGCUGUGAGUUGGGCUUGUGGUUUUCCACUGCAUGAACUCGCCAAUACUAUAGUCGAGAGAUACAUAAAUUGCUGUACAAAAUGGGCAAAGGCCGUACUGUCAGACCCUCUGCACAGUGGUUAGGACUCUCACCG